AAUACAUACAUACAUACAUACUCGCCAUUGCAACGGGCACAGCACAGCACAGGCACAGCUCCGCCCCACGAACUGCAUGCCGGUGUAAGUUCAGCGCUCAAAUCGGGCCUGCAGCGCUAGCUGGCUAGCAGCGGAGGCGCCUGAGACCUAACGUGCCGUCGCUUCCGCCGCAUUGCGCUGAGCUGAGCUGAACUUGCACGUAGCUGGCUGUGGUGGCUAGAGCGGCCGACAUGCUUGCCGUGUCCUCUGCGAGGUGCCUCGCCGCCGACGCGGACGAGCAGCGCGCCGAAGUCGCGCCCAUGGAGACGGUUGGGGAUGCAGCAGUGGUGGUGGACCUGGACAUAGACUUCGACUUCACCGUCGAUGACAUAGACUUCGGGGACUUCUUCCUCAGGCUGGAGGACGGCGAUGCGCUCCCGGACCUGGAGGUCGACCCCGCCGACAUCUUCACCGAUCUCGAGGCGGCGGCCGCGGGCGUCGAGGAGUUUCAGGACCAGCAGGUGCCCUGCGCCGAGCUCUUGGCCGCCGUGGAGGACGUCGGUUCGGUCAGUCCAGCCGGUGGUAUCAUCGGCGUGGAUAACACGGCGUUCGCUGAGUCAGAACUUGGAGACGAGAAGCGAGGGUGUAAUCAAGCCGAGGUAGGCGAAAGCAUGGGUGGCGGCGACCGCCCCACUGUGCCAGAUGCAAAAUCACCGUCGUCAACAACGUCGUCGUCUACGGAGGCCGAGAGCCGCCACAAGUCGUCAAGCAAGAACUCCCACGGAAAGAAGAAAGCCAAGGUGGACUGGACGCCAGAGCUGCACCGGAGGUUCGUGCAGGCCGUAGAGCAGCUCGGCAUCGACAAGGCAGUGCCGUCUAGGAUUCUGGAGAUCAUGGGGAUCAACUCACUUACUCGGCACAACAUAGCAAGCCAUUUGCAGAAGUACCGGUCUCACCGGAAGCACAUGAUUGCGCGGGAGGCGGAGGCGGCGAGCUGGACCCAACGGCGACAGAUGUACGCCGCCGGCGGACCGGCUGCGGCCGUGAAGAGGCAGGACUCGAACAUGUGGACCGUGCCAACCAUCGGCUUCUCGACGCCGCACCCUCCUCCUCCUCCUCCGGCGGUAACCAUGCAGCACUACGCCCGGCCGUUGCACGUCUGGGGUCACCCUACGAUGGACUCGCCCCGGAUGCCGAUGUGGCCGAGGCACCCAAUGCCCCGUGCCCCGAUGCCGGCGUGGGCUCCCCCGCCGCCGCCGCCAUCCGACCCGGCUUUCUGGCACCACCCUUACAUGAGGGUACGUGCAAACGGGCCCGCGGCGUAUAUGCCGACCCAUGGGACUCCUUGCAUGGCAAUGCCGAUGACACCGAAAUUUCCUGCUGCACCCGUGCCCGUGGCCAUGCCGUGCCCAGUCUAUGCGUCCCCCUCCCCGGCACCAGCGCUGGCGAGCAAGAGCCAACAAGAUUCGCAGCUCCAGCUCCAAGCACAACCAUCAAAUGAGAGCAUAGACGCGGCCAUUGGUGACGUUUUAUCCAAACCGUGGCUGCCGCUGCCGCUGGGGCUGAAGCCCCCUUCGUUGGGCAGCGUCAUGGGCGAGCUUGAAAGGCAAGGCGUGGCCAAUGUGCCCCAAGCCUGCGGGUGAGCGUUGGAGGGUGCAUCCGCGUGCACUCCAUGCAUGACUGCUGCUCCGUUCGAUGGAGCAGCUAGCAGCAACAACAACAUCGUCGACAUGUCUUUGUUCCUUUGAACGUUUUGUGGAUCUCUCUCUCUCUCUCUUGGUCAACUUGUGCAUAAUUUCGAUCAAGAGAAACAUCGUUAUUUUGAGUUCACUCCCGAGACACAUUUUUGUUACACCUAAACUUUAAGUUUGCGGUAACAGCAGCAUCAACAACAACAUCAACAACAAAAUGGUCAACAUGUCUUUGUUCCUUGGAACGCUUUGUGGACCUCUCUCUUAGUGAACUUGUACAUAAUUUUGAUAAAGAGAAACACCAUUAUUAUUCA